AUGCUACACCCUAGAAACACGGAAGUAUUCUUCACGCUCAACAAUGGCGUUAGAAUGCCAGCGCUUGGUUUAGGUACCGCUGCAGAACCUCCCAAAACACUUCCACCUACAAAACAAGCCGUCAAGGCCGCUGUUAAGGCAGGUUACAGAUUGAUCGAUACUGCUUGGGCCUAUGGAACAGAACCUUACAUUGGAGAAGCAUUGAAGGAACUAUUCGAAGAAGGCGUGGUCAAAAGAGAAGACCUGUUCAUCACGACCAAAGUUUGGCCCACACACUGGGAUCUCGUUGAAAAAUCGUUGGAAGAGUCAUUGAAAAGUUUAGGAGUAGAAUACGUUGAUCUUUUGCUCCAACACUGGCCAGUGUGUUUCGAAAGAGUUUCCGAUCCCAACGGAGUCAACGGAAUUGCACGUAACCCAACCAGUUCUGACGGUAAACCGCUUCUCAAUAAGAAGGGUGACCACAAAGAGACCUGGAGGCAGAUUGAAAGCUUAUAUUUGAAGAAAGACCCCAGAAUCAGGGCAGUCGGUGUGUCAAACUUCCCAAGUGAAUAUUUGGACGAUCUUCUCAAAACUGCCAAAGUUGUACCCGCGGUCAACCAAGUGGAACUUCAUCCACAGUUUUCGCAAUUGAAGCUUCGCGAGACAUGUAAAAACCAUCACAUUAUACUGGAAUCGUAUUCGCCGAUGGGGGCUAAUGGAGCGGCAUUGACCGAAUUAUCAAUAGUACAAGAACUGGUCAAGAAAUACGACGCCAGUCCAGGUGCGGUCUUAAUCUCUUACCAUGUGAGACAAGGUGUAGUGACGGUGCCACUGUCUCAGAACCCAAAAAAUAUUGCUGCAAAUGUUGAACUUGUUCCCUUAACGCAGCAAGACAUUGAUGCCCUCAACAAGAACGGUGAAGAACAUAUAGUACGCUAUCGUGACGAACAGUUUGCUUAUCCUGUUCCAGGGUUCCGUGAAGGUCACGAGCGGGCAUAA